GGGGGCGGGGCCGGAAGCGCGCGACCAAUCAGCGCACAGGCAGGGCCCUUCCGUUUGCUGACGUCUCCGAGGGGCCUGAAGGUCACUGAAAGAGCGUGACCACGCGAUGGCGCCUCGUCGCACGCGGUUGGCGUCAGGAGCUGGGCGCCGGGGCUGUUUAGAAAACCGGAAGUGCCUGUGGCAAACUUGCCGGUCCCAGCUUAGCGUGAGUCAGAACCGGUUGCUGGUUAAGGGUCCGAGGGCCGGUGCGUCUUCCUUCAAACGUUUGUAUUACUAACGUGGUACGUCACAUCCAACCUUGAGAGCCAGACCUCUGUCGGGACUACCACUGGACCUUGGGCAAGUUACUUCACGUUUCUCAGCAUUAAAUCAUUUAGAUAAAUAUUUUUUUGAGGCAGUGUGGGCACGCAAUAUGAACCGAGGGAAAGUGAAAACUUUAGACAAGAAUCGACGAAACAAAGUUGGUUCUUUUUGUAUUUCUGUUGUCUGCGGAUCCAGUCAGCAAAAGUUAAUCGUGCUGUACGUGUAUGUAUUACUAUACGUUUUCAACCAUUUCACAUAUCUUAUAGGAUUUGUGCCCAUAAUUGAGGUAGCAUUCACGGAUAAACAUGUUCUGAUCUACAAGUGCCAGCUGGGUUGAGACAGCGCCGAAUGAAACAAAACUACAGCUUCCUUAGUUUAAAUCCAGGGAGGAGAGACACAAGCGCCUGUACAGGUCGGGUGAUGGUGACGGAAGCACAGUCCUUGAAGUGGGGAAACAAGCCAGGUCUUACCAAGGGUAAGACCAUUCCUGGCAGAGGGAACAGCAAUUGCAAAGGCCCCAAGGGCCUGUGCUGCAGUAAUAGUUGAUCACUUACUCUGAGGAAAGGCAGCUGUCAAAUCAUGAGGACACUUAAGCAGCCUCAUGGAGUCUCAUGUGGCAAGGAAGUGAGGCCUGCCAGCAGCCACGUGAGUAAGCAACCUUCCAAUGACUGGUCUCGGCCAACAGCUUGACUGCAACCUAUUGAGAUGCUGAGCUACAACCACCCAGCUAAACUACUUUGAAUCCUUGGCCCACAGAAACUGAGAUAUCACAGACCCUCGUGGAUUCAAGGGGAAGGAGCAGAGGCCAACUUCACAAUGCAGAAGAGCAUGUAGGAUGGGAGAUCUUGUUGCAGCCAUCUUGGAAAAUGCAGUCUUCCGUAGAGGAUGGGGCCGAGGAUUUGGUUUUUUGGGUUCCAUUUUUGGAAAGGAUGGUGCAUUAAACCAGCCAAACAGUGUCUUUGGACUUAUAUUUUAUAUACUACAGUUAUUACUUGGCAUGACAGCAAGUGCAGUUGCAGCUUUAAUCCUCAUGACAUCCUCCAUCGUGUCUGUAGUAGGGUCUUUGUACCUGGCCUACAUUCUGUACUUUGUGCUGAAGGAGUUUUGCAUCAUCUGCGUCAUCACAUACGUGCUGAACUUCAUUCUUCUUAUCAUCAACUAUAAACGACUAGUUUACUUGAACGAGGCCUGGAAACGGCAACUGCAGCCCAAGCAGGACUGACAGCCUGAUGAACUCUUACCUGACAGUCCCAAGUCCCUUUUUCCAUUAAGUUAAUUUCGCAGCAUUUUUUUUAUUCUUCACAACAGACACUUUCCCUAAGAAUUUUUUAAAAUCUUGUAAAUUAGAAGGGUAUUUUCUGUGUCAAUCUUCAUUUUAAAUAUGGAUACAAAAAAAAAGCAUACGCCGAGCCAAUCAAAGACAAGCUUUAACUUUACUUUGAAGAUGUUUCUGAAAUAAUUAAAUGUAGCCCUCCGUUGUAAAGUGAGCAACCAUUGCUAAUAACUCUACAAUGUGUAUAAAUUCAAUUUCAGGUAUAACAAAUGUGAUCAUGACAUGAAAAUAUUUUAGAAUAGAUACUGUAUUAAGUAUUGCCAUGUUUACAAUAUGUAAUAUGUUUUUAGCCAAUGGAUUUAAACAUGUAGAUUCAACUAGAAUUCAUUUCUGUGAUAUUUGUAAAUAAAGGUAGAAAUAUUGGAUCCAUCCCUGCAGAACUUGCUGUACAGUUGAGUUGAAGUGUAACCACGAAGAGUUGUCAGCUCAACACUGACUGAAGAAAAGGUGAAAAUAGUUAAGUGCAUACAGAGUCUUGUGAAAAGUACUGAGAGCUGUGGGUCCAGGAUUGACAGCAAAAAUGAUAGGGUAGUUGGUUCCCUUUUAUCUCCUUCCUCUUCAAGGAAGAAACUCCUUGGACAUUCAAGUCAAACUUGUGUCUAGUCAUAAAACUGGAUCAGUUCUACCUUACAGAGUGAGUCAUGUGACCAAACCAUCAAGUCCAAGGCCUUCAGGACACUAAAGAUGGGGAAAUGGGUACAUUUCUUUGGAGAAAAGCUGGAAAUAUAUGGAAUUUUAAGGUAAAGUCUCUUACAACAGUUGAAUUUUAUUUAGAUCUUUUUCCUUAACAUUGGUGCCAACCAAACAGUAUUAUGGCUUUGAAAUAAUCAGUAUAAGCCCAGUCGCUCCAGAGUAGGAUUGCUCUUGGGUAGCUCUGUGUGUUUCCUGUUUCUUUCUGCACUAACUAAUCGGAUUUCUAACUUAAUUGUUUUAGAGUAAAAUAUUGGAUAUGUAAACUUUAGGGCUGAUAUGCUGCUCAGUUUGCUUAAUCGAGAGUACUUCAGGUAGAAAUACCUGAAGGUGAAAUACUAAUGUUGUCACUACUCUUUCUAAUAACUAUACAAGGGCAGAAUUUUUUAAAGUGAUUUGAAUAAACCCAAAUAAAAUUGUGACAGUAUGCUUCUAAGGUUAACAUAUCGAAACGUUAAAAGUGCCUUCUGUCUUAAAUCGCAAACCAAAUAUUUUCUGUUGAACUUGGGCAGAAGUGUCCUUCCUUCCUUUCUUAGCAUGAAGUAGAUAACUUGCAUUCAAUAUACAGGUUCUGUAUGAUCAUUUUAGUCCUUAGAUUGAGAAUUAGUAGCAAUAAUUUUGCUUUCAAUUUGAUUAAUCAUUAUAUUAAAAAUAGACCAGUAAUUUAAGUGCUGUAUUUGCCUUUUUGAAGGAGGGGACAGGCUCUGCUCUGUAAACGUAUGUGUAGAGUCAGCAACUGUUUCCAACUAACUGUCAUAAUUGAUGCAAUGUAUUCUUCUGGUCCAAGGCAGGUAUAAAAUCUGAAUUGUAAUGAACUAUUGAAUUUAAACCAGUUUUGUAAAAAGAGAGUUUAAUUCAGAUUUCAUCCAGGCUGAUGUUUUCCCAUGAAUGUGAAUAUUUCAAUGCCUGUUUUAUUAUGUAUGUAUUGUUCUUAUUUCUGUAGUUAAAGAACUCUAGAAAGCAUUGAUUAGAUGCCUCGUGUGGAUGGAGAAACAAGUCCUGACAUUGAAAUGAACUGUACAAUGAGGUCACGUCACAGUGCUUCCAGCUCUACGAGCCUUUUACUGCUUCUCUUUUCCCAGCUACAGUGGCAAUGGCUCAACGGUUAAGACUUCUGUGGUAUAUACAACACUGGUCGUGCUAAAGUUCCUCGUGUCCCAAUUUAAAAUGUGGUGGGUUUUUUUACCGUCAUAUUUUGUAUCAAUCAGCAGAGUAUAGUUAAAGCUUGUCUUGAUAUUGCCCUCUUGAAAAUAUUUGUCUUCAACUCAAAGAGAAAAUGUAAAAAUGUUCAGCCAGACCCUUCAAGUUUUUCCUUUGUUGUCCUACGCCUGGGGGGGAAACACCACUGGUUCAGUUGUAUUAAAAAAUGGCCACAUUCCUAUGUCCCAGAACUAAUCACCUUUUUCUCACUGAGCGAUAAACACGUGCUGCCUGCACUACAGCUCAUAAUGCCUGCUGACGUCUCAGUAAGCAACAGGGCCCUGCUGGGUGCUAUUGGGUACUUGUGCCCUGGAAGAGUGUGGGCUCCCUCUAUACCCUCUAUGUCACCCCGGAAGAGGGGGAAGAAAGAUACCAUGUUUUAAAAUUCCAGUAUUGUUAUGACUAUUUUAAAAUUACUAGCCACCGACAUUGAAGAACAGAUUAGGGGAAAAAACUGAAUUCCUGUUUUUGGCUUCUUGAUUUUUUAAAUGAUUUGUAAAUGCAGCCUCUUAUUAACUUGACAGUCACAUCAUUUGAAGAAAUAAGAGAAGUUGUGGUUAGAUGAUACAUUAGGGAAGCUAGGUGAUUUGGAGAACCUCAUUUGGUGUUUCAUUACAGCUAGGUGCUGUCACUAAGGGUAAACUUAUGGUGAAAUGACUCAGGUUUAACUAGCUGUGUGCCAGGGAUUACUUUUACUUGAUGUAUGUAGCCUCUCCUGAAAUCCGUUACUUUUAAAGAGGUGAAAGCAGUGACUAUUUGCAUUCUAAGCAACAAAGAUCUUUUGGCACAAAGUUCUUUGGACCAACGAGGUAGGAUAGAGGACCAAGACUAUAGUGAAAUGAAAAUGAUUUGUUGCCUUUAGUUUGCUUAUAUUUCCUUUUAAGACUAUCAGCAAAAGUGCAAGGUUACCUUCAGCACUUACUUCAUGACUUAGAUUGGUAUCUCUACCUGACACCAGGGAAUGCUGACAGAUCUUGAAAAUCAGUAUUAAACAGAUGCCAACAAGAAACCCACUACCUUUUUUGGUAACCUAUUUGGGAAGGAGCACCUAAUAUGUAAACACUGGAAAAAUCUCUCGCUACUCAGACAUGUUAGGCAGCACUAUGACUCCUCAUUUGUGAGAACUACCCUUCAAUAAAACAAAAGGGGUGUGGUGUGGUGGGAGCCCAGGCCACUUGGGUAAACAUGUUUUUGACAAAUUAGCCCAGAAAAGAUGAAAUGUUUUCUUAUAAUACUAUUAAGCAUGGCCGAAGUAUGAGGUAUAUGAUCUGUAUAGUAUGUCCCAUCAAAAAUAUUUAUUACUAAUGCUUUAAACUCCAGAGUAAACAUUCAUUUAAAAUGGAGUUCACUGGGCAGAUAUCCCCUUUAAUAUUAGAUAGGAAUAUUCUUUAUCAGAGAUUUAGGACAGUUUUGUUAACUGGUAAAAAAAACAAAUGUAAAUAUGUAAGAAUGUUUAUUUGUUGCACAUAACUCUUUUGGUAUAAAAUAAAUGUAGAAGUUACCUGUG